AUGCAUUCCCUUUAUUCUCUGCUUUUCUUUCUUUUCCUUCUGUCAGCUUGCCUGGUAUCCGCCGUCCCCGCAGGCUCCAGUAUUACUCCUCCACCUCCCAUCGAACCAGUUCAGGUUCUAUCUCAGUCUCCCGAUCCACGGCGGCCAUGGAUUCGUUUACGGGACUGGGCUAUUGAGUCUAUCUGGGGCAUCUCAAAGCCAACUUCUUCCUAUCUCCAUUCUCCCUUCAAGGAGGCUUCGCGCAACCGAUCUCCCCCCUCUAAAGUACUAGCCCGCUAUGGGAGUGAUGUCGUUCUUCGUUUCCAGCUUCGCAGUUCGGAUGAAGCUGAGGCAUUGGCCCAGGCGGCCGAUAUUCUCUUCCUAGAUGUCUGGGCCUCAACAUCAAAGUUCGUCGACAUUCGGCUAGCUGAAGAAGUAAUCCCAUCGUUGUUAGGGUUGUUGCCAGAAUCCCUUGGAAAUUCGUAUACUCCUAUAAUUGAUAACCUCGCGGAGAGGAUCUAUGCCUCAUACCCUACUGGACAGCCGGUCGGACUCGAGGGGCAGUCUGGAUCCAUCCCCUCCUCCAAUCGGCCACAAAGCGAUGUCUUCUUCCAGGAAUAUCAACCUCUUUCCGUUAUCGUUCCAUGGAUGCGAUUGAUGGCCUCUAUGUUCUCGUCCCAUGUCCAAAUGAUCAACGUGGGAACGUCGUAUGAGGGUCGUGAGAUCUCGGCCCUCCGGAUUGGAACUCAUCUCCCGCGUUCCGGCACCAGGUCGUCGACACCUCGCAAAACGAUUGUCAUGGCGGGCGGCUCUCAUGCCCGCGAAUGGAUCAGCACAUCGACAGUGGCAUUUGUCGCGUACCAGCUGAUCACGCAGUACGGCAAUUCCAAGGCGGUUACUCGUAUUGUGGACAAAUUCGAUUGGGUGUUUGUGCCGACCGUUAACCCGGAUGGGUACGUCUACUCUUGGGAAACCGAUCGUUUAUGGCGCAAGAACAGGCAAAAUACUAGUCUUCAUUUCUGUCCGGGUAUCGACCUCGAUCGGGCUUGGGAUUUUCAAUGGGACGGGGAGACGACCAGUACGAACCCAUGCUCGGAGAGCUAUGCGGGCAAUAGCCCAUUCGAAGGUGUGGAAGCACAGCAAUUUGCACAGUGGGCCUUGAACGAGACACAGAACAACAAUGUCAACAUUGUUGGCUUUCUCGAUUUGCAUUCCUACUCGCAACAGAUUCUCUAUCCGUUUUCGUAUUCCUGCUCGGCAGUCCCACCUACUCUGGAGAGGUUGGAGGAGCUGGCUAUGGGCCUCGCUAAAGCCAUCCGCUUGGAAACCCAUGAGAUAUACGACAUCACGUCAGCAUGUGAGGGCGGUGUCUUCUCGGCCCAUGAUAAGGCCGGAAAGCAAAUGUUUCCCUUUGGAGGCAGCUCCGGGGGAAGUGCACUAGAUUGGUUCUAUCACCAACUGUAUGCCAGUUAUUCGUAUCAGAUCAAACUUCGGGAUCGGGGGAGUUACGGUUUUCUCCUCCCGUCCGAGAAUAUAGAGCCCACCGGCAAUGAAAUAUACCGAGCUGCCGUACUGUAUGCAAGAUUUCUUCUCGGGGAUACGAUCAAAAGUGUCGAUCCAGAGAUGGAAUUACAAACAGGUUCAGAGCAGACAGCAGAAGAAUUGGAAGACUGGGAAGAGGAAGAGGAAGAACGCCAUACCUGGGAACUCCGAAGGUGA